ACGCUCCUCGCGACCCGUGGAUGGCGUCACAGUAUGUAACGUCUUCUAUUUCUGGAGACUACAGCGUAUACGGACCUACAUGUCCGCCGCAGUGGAAUGACAACAGAUGGUCAGGACGCAAAGUCUGAAUGGGUAGCCCUGGAGCGCUCUAUCUAUCCAAUGCCUACGUUUUUUCCCCGAUGGAGCGGCGGCACUGUUUCACGCCGACGUCCGAUGUUGUCGAAUGCUCCUGUAAGUCCACACUUUGCUCUGCUAGAACUGCUGACAUGGGCAGGUACCGCGACGGUCGCAUCUUCGUUCCUGGCCUCUUUGACCUCUCGAACAAUGGAAGCGUGUUGCAUUCUAUUCGCGAGAGGAUCCCUCGCGAGUGUCAGCCUCAAGUCAGCCUUACGACUCUUGACAAAGAUCGUAGUCAUAGCAGGCGUCAGUUUGUUCAUUCGUGCUCACUAAAGCCGUCCGAGGAUUCUUCCGCAGCAUUUCGACGCCUUUGUCAGACUGUCCUUGUUCUCCAUGAACGGAGAAUUCUCGCACACAUGGGAACCGUUCCACAGCCAGGGCAGUCCACAUUCCUUCUGCCGCAACGAUUCAGGACGGACCUGACCACAUCGCCGCUCACCAUGAAUCAUACCCGACGCAGAGAUUCUGGAAUCGGUCUCAAUGUGUCUGUAUCGGAUGGACAAUCACGCGUAGAUCCUGUCAAGCUGAGGGCUCCAGAGGUCGGAAGGUCGGCAGCACGGAUUCUACAUCCGCGUUGACAUGUCAUUCUCGUGCCUGUACGACUGAAACACCACAUGCGGGGCAGCGAUAGGUAUAAAGAGCACUGGGUUUACUCAGAUGAAUCAACGAACUUUCACCCACUUCGAGCCUCACUAGUAGCUCCCCAUUGGGAAGUCAUUACCUCGACAUGCUCUUCCAGACUGUCCUCACAGUCAGUGCUUUCGCCACAGUGGCCUUGGCGAAUCCCAACUAUUCGACACUCACGAAGCGCGUCACGGGGCAAUCCGUCGCCU